UAAAAACCCGCCUUCUUCAAAAAAUCACUCAACAAACCAGAAACCCAUAAACCCUAGCUAGCUUCUACCUAAAUCAUCAAUGGCGAUCGAGUCGAUCGACCACUCCACCAUUUGCGAAAACGGGAAACCACUCACGCUCAGCCGAAACAACCACAGCCAAUUCUUUGUAUGGAGGGAGUUUUUAUGGGGGGCGAUUGCGGGCGCUUUUGGGGAAGGGAUGAUGCAUCCUGUUGACACAAUUAAGACACGCAUGCAAAGCCAAGCUAUAUUCAGCGGUAGCAAGAAUCAAAAUAGUGCAAUGCAAAUGGUUCGUGCUGUUUGGGCUACGGAUGGUUUGGCUGGCUUGUACAGAGGAAUUGCACCUGGAGUGAUGGGAUCUCUUGCUACUGGAGCUACUUACUUUGGAGUAAUCGAGUCCACAAAGAAUUGGAUGGACGAAACAUAUCCUGGUGUUGGUGGUCACUGGGCACAUUUCCUAGCUGGAGCAAUAGGGGAUACACUUGGCUCUUUUAUAUACGUUCCUUGUGAAGUGAUGAAGCAACGCAUGCAGGUUCAGGGCUCUAAGAAGUACUGGACUUCUGUUUUAGUGAAAGAACGUUCUCAGGCAAAACUUGGUAUGCCCACAUAUGGCUACUAUCCUGGAAUGUUUCAAGCUGGACGUUCAAUAUGGAAGGAACAAGGGCUAAAGGGAUUAUAUGCGGGAUACUGGUCCACACUUGCACGAGAUGUUCCAUUUGCUGGACUUAUGGUUACCUUAUAUGAAGCUUUUAAAACCAUGUCACAAUAUGGGAAACUGAGAAUUUUCCCCAAUUCAGAUUUCCAUACUAAUAGUACUUUUGAGGGGCUUGUAUUAGGAGGACUAGCUGGUGGUUUGAGUGCAUAUCUCACUACUCCACUGGAUGUUAUCAAAACCAGAUUGCAAGUACAAGGGUCCACCAUUAGGUAUACGGGAUGGUUGGAUGCCGUUUAUAAGGUAUGGCAUGCUGAAGGAGUUAAAGGAAUGUUCAGGGGUGGUGUCCCCAGAAUUGCAUGGUAUAUACCUGCAUCAGCUCUCACCUUCAUGGCCGUAGAAUUUCUUAGAGAUCAUCACAAAUCAACUAGUAUAUCAAUAGACAAAAAAGAGUCUUCGUUGCAAGAGGCUUCUUGAAGAGCUGAUCCUAUAUUCGAUCUAUCAAUGUUCAAUACGUCAAAGGGCUAGGAAUAUGAUAUACACAGGAAACAAAGGUAUAUUUUCAUGUCCAUGUACAAAUCAAAUCAGACUUCAAGAUGAAUUUUCAGUAACAACCGGCAUUGCAGGUAAACAAAUGUCUCGUUCUAUUUGACUUUUCUUGAGAAACUGUAUGUCUGUAUGUACAU